GAAGUUAGGGAGGGUAUAGAAAAUUUGUAGUCUGCUAAUACUUCGCCAGCUCUGGCAUUUAUAAUUGCGCACUAAAACAAAGCAAAUAACAAUCGAAAUGAUUAUUGCUUCAAAAUAUACUUAAAUAGUAGAUCACCAAGGACUCAUAUUAUGCAUUGAUCAUGUGAAAAGUAAUUUUUGCUAUAAACAGUUUCGUUUCUUGACAAUCUGCAGAUAGUAUUGUACGUGUACAUUAUUUGGUAUACUACAUGCAUAUGACUCAAAUCCCCAUCAUCAGAUAGCUGUAUACUUACUCCUGCUGUGAGUGCACUUCUGUCGGGUUGUGGACAUAUAAGAUGUCAAUAAAGGAUAAAAAAAAGUGAAUUUUAUUUGUUUUUAAUUGCAAUUGUUUAACGAAGUAUCGACAACAUGCAUGACGCUUAUGAAGCAACUUUAAUGCUGAAAUUGGGUGUUCAAAUUGAGUCUAUGACAGCCUAUGAUGACUACUUGUUAAUUGGUACAAGAGAAGGUCAUUUACUGAUGUACAAUGUAGCAUUCGGAGGCAAUGAUUCAAAGGGUAAUGAGAACAAAAAUCCAUCGUUAUACAGAUACAGUAAAAAUUUUAGCAAGAAACGAAUCGUACAGAUAGCUGUAGUCCCUGAAUACAAUUUACUAUUACUCUUAACAGACAACAUCGUAUGCAUUCAUGAUUUAAAUUCUACAAAUUUAAAUCAAAUCGGUCAAUUGCAAAAAACAAGAGGGGCUACGUUAUUUGCAUUAGAUAUACAGAGGCAUGAAAAUAUUGCUGGAGAAGUAAACACUGUUGUUACAUUAUGCGUAGCGGUCAAACGAAAAUUACAAUUGUAUUAUUGGAAGGAGAAGAAGAAAACUUUUGAAGAAUUUUUUGGUGUAGAAGUUGCUGUUACUGAUAUGCCUAGAGAACUAUCAGUGCCUGAUAUACCUCGAGAACUGGCAUGGUGUGGUGAAACACUAGUCUUAGGUUUCCGUGGUUUCUCUUACACACUUAUGGAUUUCCAAGGCAAAGCCAAAGAACUGUUUCCAACAGGAAAAUCACCAGAACCAAGUAUUACUAAGCUAUCUGAUAAUUCUUUUGUGUUGGGAAAAGAUUCACAGUCUGUAAUCAUGGACACUAAUGGAGAGUUAAUUCAACAUAAUCCUGUGAAAUGGUCUGAUUUGCCUAGUGCUUUAGCAUGGGAUGAUCCAUAUUUAUUGGGUAUCGUCCAUGACACGCUAGAGGUGUAUACUCUGGAAAGUUGUAUGCAUAUUCAAACUAUACCUGACUUGAACAAAGCAAGAUUGAUAUGUCGGUGUAAGCAAGGGAAAGUUUAUGUAGCAUCAAUGAGUCAAGUCUGGUGUAUAAGUGCCACUGACUUUGCACAACAAAUACGGAUUUUACUGGAACAAAGUCAAUUCCAAUUAGCUCUUAAGCUUACUAAUUUGUCCGAUUUAUCAGAAGAAGAAAAAGCAAAGAAGACUUAUAAAAUACAAACUUUGUAUGCCCACCAUUUGUUUAGAAAUAAAAAUUUUCGUGAAGCAAUGCAGCAGUUUUUGAAACUGGGUACUGAUCCUUAUGAAGUUAUCAGGCUCUUUCCUGAUUUGGUAUCUCAGCCAUCAAAUGCUAAUGAACCGAAUGAACCAGAGCCUAAUUUACCAAAACUUCAAGAUCGUGAUUUAGAAAGUGGUUUAUUGGCUUUAAUAGACUACUUGACAGAAGUCAGGUAUAAACUUAUAAAUGACAGUCAAGCAAAAGAAAAAGAUGCUAAUGGAAAAAUUAAAGGUAAAGUUACUGCUCAAGGGGAUAAACUUAAAAAUAUAACCCCUGUGGCAACUGAACAACUUUUGAAAAUCAUUGAUACAACAUUAUUGAAAUGCUAUUUACAGACUAAUGAUGCUUUAGUAGCACCUUUAUUAAGAUUAAAUCACUGCCAUUUGGCAGAAGCAGAGAAAACUUUGCUCCAACAUCAAAAGUAUCCUGAACUCAUUAUACUGUAUCAAACCAAAGGACAACAUAAAAAAGCCCUUGAACUUUUGGAAAAGCAAUCUAAGGAGAAUGAUUCAAGUCUAAAGGGGACUGAAAGAACGAUUCAGUAUUUACAACACCUUGGCAAAGAUCAUAUGGAGCUCAUUUUGAAAUUUGCUGGAUGGGUACUUGAGCAAGAUCCUGGUGAAGGUUUACGAAUUUUCAUGGAGGAUGUUCAGGAAGUAGAACAUCUACCAAGACCAAAAGUACUAGACUAUCUUCUCCGUUGCCAUAAGGAUUUAGUGAUCACCUAUUUGGAGCACGUGGUACACGUCUGGGAGGACAACAAUCCGCUUUUUCAUAAUGUCCUGGUUCAUCAAUACAAGGAGAAGUGUUUGGCCGCUUUAACCCCAAGUGUGACUCCAGCUGAAAAAGAAAACGUUCAACAUAUCCGCCAAAAGUUGCAACAGUUUCUUGAGAAGUCACAACACUACACUCCUGAAACGGUUUUAAGAGACUUUCCGUUUGAUUGUUUGUACGAAGAAAGAGCAAUAAUACUUGGACGACUCGGACGACAUCAGCAAGCAGUAUCGAUAUAUAUCAACUUGCUGAACGACGUACCAAAGGCAAUACAGUAUUGUAACAACGUUUACGCAAGAUACCAAAACCAAAGUCAAGCUGAUAAAAAUAAACAACAGGAUGGUAACGAGGAGGUCUAUGUAACUCUAAUCCGUCAACUUCUGCGACCGGACGACCGAGAAGGCUGUGCCUCAGAACUCAUGCUAAUGGAUCCUUCGUCUACAACUCAGCGAACGGCUCAGCCGGAUUUAGAAACGGCUUUAGAGCUUUUAGAGGAGCAUGCGGCCAAGAUAGAACCACAAAAAGCUCUCGAUGUACUUCCUGACUCGGUGCCCAUCGGCCGAAUUAGACACUUCCUCGAGGCUAGCCUGCAGAAUAACAUUAACGAAAAAAGACGUAUGCAAGUGCUGAAGGGUCUACUUUAUGCCGAACAUUUGCAGGUGCAAGAGCAAAGGAUGCAUUAUGAAUCCCAGAGCGUGUUGAUGACUGAAUUCAAUAUCUGUCCAGUCUGUAAGAAAAGAUUUGGAAAUCAGAGCGCAUUCGCAAGGUAUCCAAACGGCGACAUCGUGCAUUUCUCCUGUCAGAUACGCAAGAUGUAAAAAACCUCGCCCCGGCCGGCAACAUGAAAAAGAGGACAAAAAUCUGUGAUAGACGUAAAGCGAAAUAAGCGACAUUCUGCUUUAUCAUCUUACUCUUGUACUCCGCCGAGUCUUGUAAAUAAGCAAAAAAGUUUUGUCUAUAAAUUACACACACAUAUACGACCGAAAGCUCAACGACACCUACAAGAAGAAAUCUCCUCGAAGAAAAUCGCCGUGACGAUUUCCCGAGCAAAAAAUAAAGAGGAGUAGAAGGUUCUACAAAAAGAGCAAGAUGAUGAUGCAGCAGCAGCAUCGGAGGAAGAAGAUAAAGAAGAAGAAGAAGUAUAUAGUAGUUGUAAAAACGAAAGAGCUGCGAGAGAAGUCCGAAGCAAAGCGCGCGCUGGCUGGCGCAUCUGUGGGUUGGGGCGUGACCGGCUCGAGUCGCGCGGCGGCAGCACUAUAAACAGGGGGCCGCGAUGAUGUCAUAGCCCAUAUCUCGUAUUGUUACGCCCGUGUCGGCGUGAUACCGUUUCAGGGCCGUAGCUUGCGGAUGUGGGCACCUGAUGACUGGGAGCUUUUUUAUAGAAUUUUCUGUACGGUAUUAUUUUUAACGCGAGAUAUUUUUCUCUCUCGAAUAGUUGUUUAAUGGUACGCGCAUAUUUUAUAUUGUUUGAUAAUUGGUCUUUAAAAAGAAGUGUUUUUUUUUAAAUAGAUUUUAUAUAAGCUAUAUUGAGUGGAUCAAAAUACUUGUUAUAAAAAAGGCGGCCCAGCCCUAAUCGCGUAGGGUCGCGAUAAAUAACUGAAAUUAUGAGAACAUUUAUUUAUAGACUAUCGAUAUUAACUACUUUUAAUUUUAGAAAAUCUGUCACAAAUUGUGCGCCUUGGUGCUUCUGUAAUAAGAACUCUGGGUUCUUAAUUAUAGUAACUUAUAAAGACAUUUAUAUUCCAUCAGCAAGUAUUUUUACAGAUGAGAGACUAUUUAUGCGAGACGGUCCAAAAGUGUAAAUAACCAUAUUAUACAAAAUAAAUUCGUAUAUAUCUA